CAGGCUAUUUGAAAAAAAUAAAUAAAUAAAUAAAAUUAAUUAAAUAAUAAAAUAACCGCACCAAACCUGGUGGUACGGGGCGGCUGAGGAAGAAAAAAUAAAAACCUCACGCGGAUGUGUCUCCGAAAGCGCAGCGGAUACCGCCCUCCGGACCUGAUUAAUGCCAAGAUUGAGAGGUCCGAGGAAGAAGGGGGGAUGACAUGCAUGUGUCCAGCCUGCUAACAUCCCUGACGACUCACACGCUAACAGACUGCCCACCCUCACGGCAUGGCGGAUGUACUGUACACAGGUCCGAUUCCAGCCGAGCAGGAGGGCGGUGAGCUGGCCAUGGGCGGAGGUCGCAGCGAGACCUCAGCUCUGAGCGGGGCAGGAGAGGCCCGGGGUUUGACCACUACCCAGAAUUCCCAGCGGCCCAGUGCCUGCUGCUUCUGCUGGUGCUGCUGCUGCAGCUGUUCAUGUCUCACCGUCAGGAGUGAAGAGGAGAGACGGAAGAGAAGGAGGAAGAGAAUAUCACAGGACACCAAGAUAGACACCAAACUUGAAACCUGUCCCAAGCCCUCGGUGGAGGAGAUCCGGAUGUGGUCUCAGUCAUUCGACAAGCUGAUGAGGAACCCCGCAGGUCGGAACGCUUUCCGGGAGUUCCUGCGGACCGAGUACAGCGAGGAGAACAUGUUGUUCUGGCUGGCCUGCGAAGACCUCAAACAAGAAAUCAACAAGAGUGCCAUAGAAGAAAAAGCUCGGUCCAUCUACGAAGACUAUAUUUCUAUAUUAUCGCCAAAAGAGGUUAGUCUGGAUGCCCGGGUUCGAGAGGUGAUCAACAGGAAGAUGCAGGACCCCACGCCUCACACGUUUGAAGACGCCCAGCUGCAGAUCUACACGCUGAUGCACAGGGACUCCUACCCACGAUUCCUCUCCUCCAAUAUUUACAAGACCCUGGUUCUGGGCAGGUCCCGCACCUCCUCAGAGUGCUAGUCCUCCCCCCCGAAGCCCUUCGUCUGCCUCCAUGCUGCCUCGUGUUCCUCGGACAGGAGCGUUUCACCUCCUCUGUCACAAACUCCUCUGUUCAAAUCACGUAUUCUUUGAAUCACUGCCAAGACGUCCUUCCCUUCUCAUCUCCACCAUCACCUUCCGGUCAUUUUCAGGCCUUGAAAAUUGAAAUUAAUUUGAAUAAAACAAAUGUUCUGCACAUCCAA